AGUAGGCCUAUUUGUUAUUGAUAAAAGUCAUACAUAAAUUUAAGAAAUCUGACCAAUAAACUAAGGUGGUUGUGUAUGAUGUUACAUGUAGGCCUAUGAAUUAAAAGGAAGGGGGCAAUUUUGAGGCCUUUGUCUUUGUAAUGUAUGUUACCAAUACCAGUCGGUAGGAAGUGACAAGAAGAUAAAACAUAUUUUGCUAUUCCCCUAGCUACUACGGACAUGAUAUGAUAAAAUCUUGAAGACUUCCAAUUAAUGGAUAUCUACCUGAUUAUGUCUGAUAUGAAACAAGGUUAUUCAAAAAGCCAUUGCAGUAAGAAUAUCACUUCAGCUGUAGAAGAUUUUAUAGUAGUUUUCAACUGUAAACGUAUAAAGAUACAUUAUCCUAAUAGACAAGUUGUAGUAAAAUGGGUCAAAGGUCAAAAUGUAGUCUAUGAUAUUGGUUCUGUUAAUGUGAAUUCCGAGGUAGAUGAUGCAAACACAGCAGAUGAUAAACUCUUGGAUUACUUUGAGUUUGAUAAAGCUAUUAAAUUGUCUUCAGAAAAUGAAAUCUUUAAAUUGUCAAGCAAUAAUAUAUUAGAAUUACGAUUUCUUACAAGGGUUGAUCCGGAAAUACCAGACUUGGGAAAUGGAGAUGUAGAUUUAGACAAUACACCUAUGCCAAGGGAAACUUUUAUUAAUGAACAUGUUGAUCCUAAAUCAUUGGAUUACAUCCCAUUAGCUAAUACUGGAAAUGAAAUGGUCCAGGAUGAUGCGAAGGCUGUUCCAGUUAUGAUAAGAAAUGUUAAAGUUGGCCACGUUAAAAGAAAAUUAGGAAUUGCAGACUCGAAAUUGAUGAAAAGAAAAAGAAAUCAUUCAACAAUAAAAGCAAGAAAGCCGUUUCAUAGAUUUACUAAACUUAAAUGUGAACAUUGUAAUAAGACCUUUCAACGUCAACUUUCUUAUUUGCUUCAUAAAGCAACACAUUCUUUUGAAAUAGACAAGGGAAAUUAUGCAUGCAAUACUUGUCACAAAAAGUAUUCAUCAUCUGUUCAACUGAUCAAUCAUAAACGUUUAUGUUUAUCCCCUGAUUUUAUUUGCAAAUUUUGUAACAAAAAAUUAAUGUCAGAGGAACUUCUGACUUAUCAUAUCAACAAUUCUUGCAGUGCUUUUAAAGUUACCAACUACACAUGUCCCAAAUGUGAUCGGGGAUUUGUGACCCAAAAUGGAUUUGUAAAACAUAGACGAAAACAAGCUUGUGAAAUAUACAAAUUUGAGUCCGAAAACAAAAAAAAAUCUAAUCCAUUUCUUGUUAUUGAUGUGAAUAGACUACAAUGUGAACUAUGCGGUAAGGUGUAUGCAAAUAAAAGUUCUCUUGCAAAACAUAUUCGUAGACAUAAAGGUAUCAAGAACUAUAAAUGUCAAAUUUGUAACAAAUGUUUUGGAGACAACAAUCAACUUAAAGCCCAUCAUCGAAUGCACAGUGGAGAAAAACCAUUUUUGUGUAAUAAGUGUGGAAAAUCCUUUGGUCAUGCAGGUCAUUUGAACCGUCACAUAAAAAAGCAUGAUGGCACAUCAUUUGUCUGUUCCCAAUGUGGAAAAUCAUAUAUGGACAGUAAUGGUUUAACAAAACACAUGAACAAUCAUAGUAGAAAUGAAAUGAACAUCUUCAAAUGAAGCAAAUGAACUUAACUCAAAUUAACCAUUUCCACUGCCCUGGGUAUUUACCACCAUAUCUUAGUCAGACCAAGAUGAUAAUUUUAAAGUGAGAGUAUUUACAAUUAAACAAUUUUUUUGUAUAUUUUUUUUUACCUCAAGACAUUUUUUCCAAAGAAAGAA